AUGGCACCUAUCACGGUUGCCACGGCAACCUUGAUGACACCCAAUCCAGUGGGGUGUCUGGCGGUGAUUGAAGUUGGCAAAAUCAGCUUUUCUGAGGAGUCAAAAACGCCAGCUGAGGAGUUGAAACCCCAGCCGAACGGCUCUCCGGAGACCAAACCACCCCCCACCAAAGACUCCACGCCUCCCCCCGUCGUCCCAACACCGCCACAACGGCCAAAGGAACCCGCUGAAGUCGAAGCAGCCGACCUUGGCACUAACGACACCAGCGGGGACCUGGAUACUCCUUUGGAGAUGCCUUCCACGCAAAACGCCCCACCUCCAUCUCCGCCAACACCUUCGUCGUCGUCUUCCUCUUCCUCAUCCUCCUCUUCCACAACCGCCACCUCAUCCUCGUCGACUAGUGAGUCCGUGGAAGAGGAGGAGAAGCCGACUCCAGACGGCAAAAAAGCCGCCAUUGUUCCAGACCCUGACGAUACCCCGUGGCUGUCCCUCUCUAACACCGCGGAGAGCACCAAAACAGCCACCCCCUCCCCCGCCUCCCCAUCUCAGGUGAAGCAGUCGGAACAUGUGGACAAAAACGACGAGGAAAAUUCAUCGACGUCCAUCUCAGAUUCGAUCGGAAGAGCUGAUGUCGAGACCCCAGAUUCUCCGGUCCCUGAUUACGACGAGACGUUUUGGCUGUCGAUAUCGCCGAAAAAGGAGGAAGUCGAGAAGCUUGCGUCUACAUCAACACCUCCACCGCCUCCUUCAAGAUCAAGACGGUCGCGUUCUCCGAGGUCGCCCAACACGAAGGAGUCGCCAGCUGACGAUCUGGCAUCUCUGGACGCUCCGUCGGAGGCUGACAGCAACAUCUCUGACCUGCGCUUCCCUGAAAUCGGCCCCGUGCUAAAUCAAAACUGCCUCGCGACGUUGACGGUGUCUGUGUUGCGAAGACGGGAGAGUUGUGUGGAGUUGUCCGACUACUCCCCGCGUCGCCAGAAAGCGAAGACGGACGGGAACAAGGGGGAGAAGGAAGCAUCUCCAGAGAAGAGGGCUGGUGAUGAUGAAAAUGUCAGCGACUACAGCGACUCCUCCGACACAUCCAACUCGAUUUCGUUGUCGUCAGACGACGACGACGACAGCAGUGACAGCGAGGACACCAGCGAUGAAAACGACGAUGACGAGGAAGAAGAGGACGACGAAGAAGAAGAAAAAGCGGCGGAGGAUCGACGUGUUGUCGCCAUGGAGCGCCGACGAUCGCUUGGCGAACGCGAUCCCUUCACCGAAGUCUCUGAAGAAGGGUGUCUGGAUGAGGUCAUCAUCGAUACCUCUUCGUCGCCUGAAGUCUCUUCAAAGAGCCCGACACAUCAACCAUUUGACCUGGAACUUGUCAAAACCGAAACACAGCAGACCGGGGAACGUGUUGCAAAUGAUAGUGAAGUGAGGCACUUUUUCCCUGAGAAUCGUCGUUCUACUUCAACCACCCAAUCAAAGGCUUCAGGGUCUUCAGCGGAAAGGGGUCUUGAAGUUCCUGAAACCUCCGUGGCCCCUAAGAAUAGUUCCUCGCCUCUUGAUCGUCGAAACCUUUCGUCCGACAAGUGGACGUCGAUGAAGGGCCUAAACAAAGUCCCAGACGACGCGGAUAAUCGACUUUUGCGGUCCGAGUCACUGCCGUCCAUCAUCUCCCCGAAGGUGAUGGACGAAGAGGAGGAGGAGGAGCGUGACGGUGAAAAGGCCUGGAAUGGUGGGGUUCCCGAAAUCGAGUCUCGUCCUCCACCGAUUCCUCCCCCCAAACCUCGAAUCCCCCUGAGAAAGAAGAAGAGUGUGGUGAAGUCGCCGGAGGUCACUCCGAAUGACGCCAACACUUCAGACCGACACCAGCCCACGCCGUCGACGACGACAAGACCCACGACGUUCACGUCGAGCGCGCGACUGGAUCUCGCGGCGUCCUCAAGGCCCCCCGGCACACUGCAGUCGCCUGUCCAGCCGGUGAAUGUGACGAGCACUGUUGUCCUCAAGGACUCACCGUCGUCGCCACCCCCAGAUGGCAUUGGGGCUUCCAGUCCUGGCAAGAACUAUCUCCUACCCCGGGUUCCUGUCCAAACAAUGCCAAGACAGACAAGCAGCUACAACAUCAUCCUGGCGGGUUCAAAGGACGUUCCACAGGAGGAGCACCGAGUUCUGUCGCCGCAGACAGUGCAGACGGCUGUCCAGUCGUCGUCGUCGUCCUCGACUGUGCCACGGCCGAAGACGCUGAAACUCACUCCGGAGUCGACUCGUCACGGAAGAAGGCACCACGACCACCGCGACGCCGAGCCACCCCCUGCCGCCUCCGCCAUGUCGCCCACCGCUUGGCCCAACGCCGUCCGUUCACCAGCGAAACGCCGUCCAAGCGACAGUCAGGAUGGUCAGAGGAACAGCAAACGCUACGUCUACCCCGAUGGCGUGGUAUUCCACACCGGCAAUCCGCAUUCCAACGGCUCCACUUCUCGCCAGGAAGCCCUCACUCCAAAGACCAGCCACUCGAGAAAGCCCCAGACAGAUGGCGUCGCGACCUCGCCAUCGAAAUCCAGGACAAUGCCUGGGUCUCCGUACCACCACCAUCACCACCAACAGCGAGACGGGGGUGGUGACGUCUACGACACAUCCACGCACCGCCGCACUUCCCACACGUCGCGGAAUCAACCAGCUCGAGCGCGGUCUCUCCACGAAAUCCAGUUACACCCUCAGUCUCCCCCCAGCGCAUCGGCACACCGAUCCAACGGCUUCUACACGUCGAACGGCAAAGGCCAGUUGUUGGGAGAGGAGAAUGGUUAUGUCCACACUCGUACGGGAUCGCGAACUCGAAUAAGCACCAGCCUUGAAGUCAUCGAGGCUGAUGAAUAUGAUCGCAGGUCAGAGAAGACGUGGGCUAAGCUAACUCCAUCAGAUAAGGCCCAAAUUCGAGAAGAACUCAACCAGUAUAAGUCAAAGGAAAUGGAAGUCCAUGCGGAUAGUCGCCAAUACACCAGGCCACGCCAGAUGACUUUCCUACCGCUGCCGCCACCACCACCUCCACCACCACCACCACCACCACUAUUUUCUUUCCUUUUGUAUUAUAAAACACAGAUCUCUCUUUCGACUCGCUUUCUCUCUGUGGUAACUAGGUGUAUGUUCGAGUUUGGGACCUACUUCCAGAAACGCACCAAUCACAGAUGUGGUUUGAGAAAGUCCUCUUGA